AGUUUUAUAGGCGUUUCAGGAAAGCACAGGUUUAUGGAAGAAUGAAAAAGUCUUAUUUGGUUUAAUUUCCUCGGCUGUUUUGUUUGAAUCAGAGUCUUACGUUUUUUUUUUAAUACUUUCGUUUUAUUCCCUAGGUCCACUGGCGCAUUGUAAAUAUUUACACCGACCGACUAUGGACACUGUGAGAGGAAAAGGAUGGAAAAGACAUUGGUCAUUUGAUAGAACCAAAUUUAUAUUUCAAGCAUUUUACUUUUUCUUUCUGUCUGCAUACUCCAUGAGGUUUUUAUAUCUUCCUAUCUAUCUAAAACAGUUGGGACUCAGUGCAAGUUAUGUGGGAAUUCUUUCAGGAGUGAUUCCUUUUGCACGCGGUGCGGGAGCCCCAAUUAUAGGAUACGUAGCGGACGAAACAAACUCAAGAAAACUUGGUUUUCUUGUUAGCCUGGCGUUACAAUCAUUAGCGCCUGUGUUGCUACUGAUACCACGACCUUCUGAACCGGAAUGUCAAUUAAGAGUUGCCAUGGAAACACCAAAGCAUCCCUACAACAAAACUUGGAUAGAGAAGACUAGUGAUCAAGAAGAUACUGGGCAAAGUCAAGAGCUGUUGAAAAUUUUCCUUAUUUUUUUGGUUCUCUUCAUUGUCACAGAAUUCAUUGCCGCACCAACGAAAAGUUUUGCAGAUUCAGCUCUUUUAGAAAACCUCGACAGCAAUUCGACUAACUAUGGAAGUAUUAGAAUGUGGGGAAACGUUGGUCAAAUCAUUCUUUAUUUGACAGUUUCACCUGUAGCAAAAUCCAACACUGUUAGAGUUUGCGGCGUUAUUCAGGAUGAUUACGGACUAACAAUGUUCGCUUUCUCGACUAUGAUGCUGGUCGCCUCUGUAAUGGGUCUAAUGAUAGACUUCAAACAGGAUGAAUUAAGGACAACAGAUUCGUACACAACCAAGACGAAAAUACAAGAAUCAUCCCUAAAAGAUGUCUUGUUAAACCUUCAUAGCAUUGCAUUUAUCGUCGUUAUUCUUUACCUUGGGAUAGUUGACGGCAUUUUUAACAAUUUCAUGUUCUGGUAUCUAACUGAUAUCGACCCAUCUCAAGCCACGUGGGUUAUAGGCGUGGCUGGAGCAAGUCGUAACAUCGCAGGCGCAUUUUCAUUUGGCUCCUCAGGAAUCCUAAUCAGAAAAUUAGGAUGUUUAGACACAAUUAACUUGUCUCUUGCUAUCUAUGUGGCAGCUUUCGCUAUCUAUGGACUGCUGACAAACCCUUGGUUAGCCAUCAUUCCCGAAGUUAUGCAAUUGCUCGCGUACGGUGUUUCCAUGCCGGCUUGCAUUGUGUAUUUUAAAGAAAGAACACCCGAGGAAUAUUCAGCAACAACACAAGGCAUUGUAUUCUCUUGUUACCUUGGUGUAGGUUUUGGAUUAGGAUCCAUGAUUGGUGGGUUCCUGGUAGACAUCAUUGGAGGGUCGUGGACGUUCCUGCUGAGUGGAGGAGUAACAGCGAUCGUGCUCGUUCUAUGUGUUCUUUCUUUGGCGACAACAAAACUGCUUAAUCGAAUGAAGAAUAACAAGGUGGAAAGAGAAACAGAGGAUUACGAGUCGAGUUAG